AUGUACAGUUGCACCACGCGCUGUUUCCCGUUGUCGCAGCAAUUCAAUCACUCCCCGUCAGCCCUCCUCAGCCCCCCUCACCCCAGUCAGCCCUCCUCAGCCCCCCCACCUCCGUCAGCCGCUCCUCAGCCCCCGUCAGCCCUCCUCAGCCCACCCCCACCCCAGUCAGCCCUCCUCAGCCCCCCUCACCCCAGUCAGCCCCCUCACCCCCGUCCAGCCCUCCUCCCCCAGCCCCCCUCACCCCCGUCAGCCCCCCCGUCAGCCCCCCCCCUCACUCCGUCAGCCCUCCUCCAGCCCCAGUCAGCCUCCUCAGCCCCCUCACCCCGUCAGCCCCCCUCACCCCCGUCAGCCCCUCCUCAGCCCCAGUCAGCCCUCCUCAGCCCCUCACCCCCCGUCAGCCCCCUCACCUCCCGUCAGCCCCCCUCACCCCGUCAGCCCCCCUCAGCCCUCCUCAGCCCCCGUCAACCCUCCUCAGCCCCCUCAACCCAGUCAGCCCUCUCAGCCCCCUCACCCCCCGUCAGCCCUCCUUACCCCUGUCAGCCCCCCUCAGCCCUCCUCAGCCCCCGUCAGCCCCCCUCACCCCCAGUCAGCCCUCCUCAGCCCCCCGUCAGCCCUCCUCAGCCCCCCCUCAGCCCCCCGUCAGCCCCCCCUCACCCCGUCAGCCCUCCUCAGCCCCCUCACCCCUCUUCAGCCCCCUCAUCCCCGUUAGCCCUCCUCAGCCCCUCACCCCCCAUCAGCCCUCCUCAGUCCCCCCCUCACCCCCCGUCAGCCCUCCUCAGCCCCCCCUCAGCCCCCCUCACCCCCAUCAGCCCCCCCUCACCCCAGUUAGCCCUCCUCAGCCCCCUCACCCCCGUCAGCCCUCCUCAGCCCCCCAUCACACCCCGUCAGCCCCUCAGCCCCCCCUCUCCCCUCCAGCAGAACAUCAGCACCAUCUGUGAUGAUGAUGACAGUUAUUUAAACGAGGUGCAAAACGCAGAUUUCAUCUUCACCUCUAGAGGGCAUGCUGAGGUGGUGACUGACAGAACGUUUGGCGAGGGUUCUGGUAUCAUCCUGUUGGACGAUGUGCGUUGUGAGGGGACGGAGUCGUCUCUGCUGGACUGUCGCCAUGGCACCUGGGGCCAUAGCGAUUGUUCCCAUGGAGAGGACGUGGGCGUGCGAUGCAGGGCCGGAGCUAAAGAGGAAGAGACCAAUGAGGUGCCGGCUGUUGCUCCUGCCACAGGUCCUCUGUUGCGUCUGGUUGGGGGUGGUAGCCAUAACGAAGGUCGUGUGGAAGUCUAUCUCCAUGGAGACUGGGGGAGUAUCUGUGACUCAGGCUGGAACGAUCUAAACGCUGCCGUGGUCUGCAGACAGCUGGGCCACAGUGGUCAUGCUGUAGCAGCAGGUGGGUUCGGUCGGGGGAAGGGUCCUGUCCACCUGGACCAGGUGAGGUGUACCGGGAAGGAGGACUUCCUGGGGGAGUGUCCGUCUCUGGGCUGGGGCCGUGACGGCUGCAGAUGGAGACAGGAUGCAGGGGUGAGCUGUGACCACGCCCCCCGGGCAACAGAGGGCAGGGCCAGGCCAAGUGAGCUCACCUGUGGAGUGAGGAAGAUUGUGGAGGAAGGGAACGAGAGGAAGAGUGGAGGAGGAGGAGGAGAGAAUGUACUCAGGACAUCGUGGCCAUGGCAGGUGUCAGUGUGGUUGGGUUCUGAGGGGAAAGAUGGCCAUCCUAUCUGUAGUGGUACUCUGAUCUCUCCCUGCUGGGCCCUGGCCUCCGCUCACUGCUUCACCAGGUUUGGUAUUGGCCCAUCUCAGUAUGUGGUGCGCGUGGGGGGUUCUGACCGAAUUCUGACCCCGGAGCGAGUGGUGGUCCAUAGAAAGUUCAGAGCAGAUCAGGGCCCUGGGGGUCAUGACCUGGCCCUGCUGAGGCUGCCCAGCCCCAAGGAUCACUGUUUGACCUUUGACCCUCACACCAACGCCGCCUGCCUCCCCACCCCGGACGCUGCAGGGGGAAAGACCCCCUUGUCCUGCAUUGCCGUGGUUACCGCUGGCUGGGACGGCCCAGAUGCUGUGCUCCAGUCCUGGGUACCCCUCCUGACGUCAUGGCAGUGUAAGAAGCGUUAUGGCGAUGGUUACUCUUCCCACGGCACGCUGUGCGCCGGCAGCCCCCCUGACACACGUCGUCUCCACGGGAACAACGGUUGCCAGGGCAACUGGGGCGGUGGGCUGGUAUGCCAGGGGGAGGGAGGGCGAUGGGUGUUGACCGGGAUCGUCUCCGGGGGUUACGGUUGCAGCGACCCCUCAACCCCGGCGCUCUACACACGGGUCAGACGGUUCCGGGGCUGGAUCGAUGAAGUCACACACACACACAAUCAUGACGAGUUGAAACAAACACACUGACGAUCAAUUCAUACACACACACGAUCAGCACAGAAAUAUACACACACAUACACGAUCACAAUGAAAACACACAAAAUCAGCAUACACACACUCACAAUAAACACACACACACUCUUGUCUGAUCCAGGACACGCCAUUGGCUCACCGGCCGUGUCAUGUGACUGUCAGAGGAAGAGGAGGAAGGAUAGAUGAUGAUGGAAGAGGAGUACAUGUUGGAAAAGGAGGGAGAGAAAGAGGAAAAAUACAAGAGAAGAAGAAGAACGAGAAGAGAUCUUCCUCUGCCCCCCUGACCAUAUAGACUUGUGUGUGUGUACAUGUGUAUUACACUAGCUAUGGGGUGUGUGCAUGUGUAUUACACUAGCUAAGGGGUGUGUGCAUGUGUAUUACACUAGCUAUGGGGUGUGUGCAUGUGUAUUACACUAGCUAAGGGGUGUGUGCAUGUGUAUUACACUAGCUAUGGGGUGUGUGCAUGUGUAUUACACUAGCUAUGGGGAGUGUGCAUUCAUGUAUGUGUGCCAUCUGUGUGUGUAUCAUAUGUGUGUCUGGGAGGGGAGGUGCUGUAGUGAUAAUGUUUAGCUAGAUGACAUGCUUAGGUAGUCAUUUCUCUGACAGUUGGGUUGAGUUUCUUGUGAUGCCCUAUUUGAAUGUGAAGUUUGUCCAGAAUGAUCUGUUAUUCCUUAACCAGUGGUAAAAAAAGAAAUAUGUAAGCUGUUGUUCAAAAGCUGUUCUCGAAUAUCUAAUACCACGUUUUGUAUUCCUGAAGAUGCUAUCUACCUUGGAUGGGACUGUCGCUUCUUUCAAAUGUGAACUGGAGAAGCUCUUCUCUCUCGUUUCAAAUAAACUGGACUUUCUUGGGGGGGGGUGCUCAAAACUGGACUCUUUAUUUGGCGGCAGUUAGCCUUGAGGUUUAGGCCAGUAACCUGAGGUUGUUGGUGUCCGUUCCCAGCUACCAUCUGCCGUUGUGCCCUACAGCAAGACUCUCUACUGCUCCAUCAAAUUGCUCCAGGGAUUCUGCGCUGUGGCAUACGCUGUGCCUCUCAACGACAUUGCGACGUCAUAAAACACAAACUGAUAUUCUAUGCUACUGUAUUUUUCUCUCUCCUGUCAAAGCCAUGGGAAGGGAUGGAUCGUAUGUAUCUUUUUCUACUGAUCUCCCUGAAUGGCUGUAGUUGGUAACGCUGUGUGUAAAUACUUCUGAUUGUUUAUGUGUUGCAUUCAUUAAUGUCUGAUUUCAAUGACCAAACAGUUAGACUUCCUGUAGUUGAAUAUUCCUCUCGUUUUUCUAUGACCUCAGUAGUAGACGGUGUUGUCAUAUUCAGAGGCAUAAUUUAUCACAUGCUUGAGGGAGAAGUUGCCCCUAACACGAGAUCAAGGAUCAGAUUAGCCAACUCCAAAUGAUAUGGCAUCAAACAUAUGGAAACCAUGUGUUAGAUGUAUUUGAUACCAUUCCACUUAUUCUGCUCCAGCCAUUAGCACGAGCCCUUCCUCCCCAAUUAAGGUGCCACCAACUUCCUGUGGGGAGGAUGCAAAAAGUUCUGACCCAGAACCAGUGGUUAGGUGAAACUUCUACCAGCUCCAUAUACAGUAUGGCCCUGAUGAUGUUUUUUUGUUUCUAACUUGCUCAAUCAGGUGAAGCAUCUUGUGUUCCAUAACUAACUGUUUCUCAAACAGGAAAUGCUCCUAUUCCUUUUUGGGUUUUUUUAAUCCUCUUGAGACUCCUGUUUAUCCAGUAACAUGAGGUUUGUCAUGUAUUAUCAUUACAUUAAACUCCUCCUGUCUAUCCAGUAACAUGAGGUUUGUCAUGUAUAAUCAUUACAUUAAACUCCUCCUGUCUAUCCAGUAAGAUGAGGUUUGUCAUGUAUAAUCAUUACAUUAAACUCCUGUCUAUCCAGUAACAUGAGGUUUGUCAUGUAUAAUCAUUACAUUAAACUCCUCCUGUCUAUCCAGUAACAUGAGGUUUGUCAUGUAUAAUCAUUACAUUAAACUCCUCCUGUCAAUCCAGUAACAUGUGGUUUGUCAUGUAUAAUCAUUACAUUAAACUCCUGUCUAUCCAGUAACAUGAGGUUUGUCAUGUAUAAUCAUUACAUUAAACUCCUCCUGUCUAUCCAGUAACAUGUGGUUUGUCAUGUAUAAUCAUUAAAUUAAACUCCUCCUGUCUAUCCAGUAACAUGAGGUUUGUCAUGUAUAAUCAUUACAUUAAACUCCUCCUGUCUAUCCAGUAACAUGAGGUUUGUCAUGUAUAAUCAUUACAUUAAACUCCUGUCUAUCCAGUAACAUGAGGUUUGUCAUGUAUAAUCAUUACAUUAAAUUCCUGUCUAUCCAGUAACAUGAGGUUUCUCAUGUAUAAUCAUUACAUUAAACUCCUGUCUAUCCAGUAACAUGAGGUUUGUCAUGUAUAAUCAUUACAUUAAACUCCUCCUGUCUAUCCAGUAACAUGUGGUUUGUCAUGUAUAAUCAUUACAUUAAAAUCCUCCUGUCUAUCCAGUAACAUGAGGUUUGUCAUGUAUAAUCAUUACAUUAAACUCCUCCUGUCUAUCCAGUAACAUGUGGUUUGUCAUGUAUAAUCAUUACAUUAAAAUCCUCCUGUCUAUCCAGUAACAUGUGGUUUGUCAUGUAUAAUCAUUACAUUAAACUCCUGUCUAUCCAGUAACAUGAGGUUUGUCAUGUAUUAUCAUUACAUUAAACUCCUGUCUAUCCAGUAACAUGAGGUUUGUCAUGUAUAAUCAUUACAUUAAACUCCUCCUGUCUAUCCAGUAACAUGAGGUUUGUCAUGUAUAAUCAUUACAUUAAACUCCUGUCUAUCCAGUAACAUGAGGUUUGUCAUGUAUAAUCAUUACAUUAAACUCCUCCUGUCUAUCCAGUAACAUGAGGUUUGUCAUGUAUAAUCAUUACAUUAAACUCCUCCUGUCUAUCCAGUAACAUGUGGUCUGUCAUGUAUAAUCAUUACAUUAAACUCCUGUCUAUCCAGUAACAUGAGGUUUGUCAUGUAUAAUCAUUACAUUAAACUCCUCCUGUCUAUCCAGUAACGUGUGGUUUGUCAUGUAUAAUCAUUACAUUAAACUCCUCCUGUCUAUCCAGUAACAUGUGGUUUGUCAUGUAUAAUCAUUACAUUAAACUCCUGUCUAUCCAGUAACAUGAGGUUUGUCAUGUAUAAUCAUUACAUUAAACUCCUGUCUAUCCAGUAACAUGAGGUUUGUCAUGUAUAAUCAUUACAUUAAACUCCUGUCUAUCCAGUAACAUGUGGUUUGUCAUGUAUAAUCAUUACAUUAAACUCCUGUCUAUCCAGUAACAUGUGGUUUGUCAUGUAUAAUCAUUACAUUAAACUCCUCCUGUCUAUCUAGUAACAUGUGGUUUGUCAUGUAUAAUUAUUACAUUAAACUCCUCCUGUCUAUCCAGUAACAUGAGGUUUGUCAUGUAUAAUCAUUACAUUAAACUCCUGUCUAUCCAGUAACAUGAGGUUUGUCAUGUAUAAUCAUUACAUUAAACUCCUCCUGUCUAUCCAGUAACAUGGUUUGUCAUGUAUAAUCAUUACAUUAAACUCCUGUCUAUCCAGUAACAUGAGGUUUGUCAUGUAUAAUCAUUACAUUAAACUCCUGUCUAUCCAGUAACAUGUGGUUUGUCAUGUAUAAUCAUUACAUUAAACUCCUGUCUAUCCAGUAACAUGAGGUUUGUCAUGUAUAAUCAUUACAUUAAACUCCUCCUGUCUAUCCAGUAACAUGAGGUUUGUCAUGUAUAAUCAUUACAUUAAACUCCUGUCUAUCCAGUAACAUGAGUUUUGUCAUGUAUAAUCAUUACAUUAAACUCCUCCCAUCUAUCCAGUAACAUGAGGUUUGUCAUGUAUAAUCAUUACAUUAAACUCCUGUCUAUCCAGUAACAUGAGGUUUGUCAUGUAUAAUCAUUACAUUAAACUCCUGUCUAUCCAGUAACAUGAGGUUUGUCAUGUAUAAUCAUUACAUUAAACUCCUGUCUAUCCAGUAACAUGAGGUUUGUCAUGUAUAAUCAUUACAUUAAACUCCUCCUGUCUAUCCAGUAACAUGAGGUUUGUCAUGUAUAAUCAUUACAUUAAACUCCUCCUGUCUAUCCAGUAACAUGUGGUCUGUCAUGUAUAAUCAUUACAUUAAACUCCUGUCUAUCCAGUAACAUGAGGUUUGUCAUGUAUAAUCAUUACAUUAAACUCCUCCUGUCUAUCCAGUAACGUGUGGUUUGUCAUGUAUAAUCAUUACAUUAAACUCCUCCUGUCUAUCCAGUAACAUGUGGUUUGUCAUGUAUAAUCAUUACAUUAAACUCCUGUCUAUCCAGUAACAUGAGGUUUGUCAUGUAUAAUCAUUACAUUAAACUCCUGUCUAUCCAGUAACAUGAGGUUUGUCAUGUAUAAUCAUUACAUUAAACUCCUGUCUAUCCAGUAACAUGUGGUUUGUCAUGUAUAAUCAUUACAUUAAACUCCUGUCUAUCCAGUAACAUGUGGUUUGUCAUGUAUAAUCAUUACAUUAAACUCCUCCUGUCUAUCUAGUAACAUGUGGUUUGUCAUGUAUAAUUAUUACAUUAAACUCCUCCUGUCUAUCCAGUAACAUGAGGUUUGUCAUGUAUAAUCAUUACAUUAAACUCCUGUCUAUCCAGUAACAUGAGGUUUGUCAUGUAUAAUCAUUACAUUAAACUCCUCCUGUCUAUCCAGUAACAUGGUUUGUCAUGUAUAAUCAUUACAUUAAACUCCUGUCUAUCCAGUAACAUGAGGUUUGUCAUGUAUAAUCAUUACAUUAAACUCCUGUCUAUCCAGUAACAUGUGGUUUGUCAUGUAUAAUCAUUACAUUAAACUCCUGUCUAUCCAGUAACAUGAGGUUUGUCAUGUAUAAUCAUUACAUUAAACUCCUCCUGUCUAUCCAGUAACAUGAGGUUUGUCAUGUAUAAUCAUUACAUUAAACUCCUGUCUAUCCAGUAACAUGAGUUUUGUCAUGUAUAAUCAUUACAUUAAACUCCUGUCUAUCCAGUAACAUGAGGUUUGUCAUGUAUAAUCAUUACAUUAAACUCCUGUCUAUCCAGUAACAUGAGGUUUGUCAUGUAUAAUCAUUACAUUAAACUCCUGUCUAUCCAGUAACAUGAGGUUUGUCAUGUAUAAUCAUUACAUUAAACUCCUGUCUAUCCAGUAACAUGAGGUUUGUCAUGUAUAAUCAUUACAUUAAACUCCUGUCUAUCCAGUAACAUGUGGUUUGUCAUGUAUAAUCAUUACAUUAAACUCCUGUCUAUCCAGUAACAUGUGGUUUGUCAUGUAUAAUCAUUACAUUAAACUCCUCCUGUCUAUCCAGUAACAUGAGGUUUGUCAUGUAUAAUCAUUACAUUAAACUCCUGUCUAUCCAGUAACAUGAGUUUUGUCAUGUAUAAUCAUUACAUUAAACUCCUCCUGUCUAUCCAGUAACAUGGUUUGUCAUGUAUAAUCAUUACAUUAAACUCCUGUCUAUCCAGUAACAUGAGGUUUGUCAUGUAUAAUCAUUACAUUAAACUCCUGUCUAUCCAGUAACAUGUGGUUUGUCAUGUAUAAUCAUUACAUUAAACUCCUGUCUAUCCAGUAACAUGAGGUUUGUCAUGUAUAAUCAUUACAUUAAACUCCUCCUGUCUAUCCAGUAA